UAUAGGUACCCUAUCCUCACUCCUUUACCAUCUUCCAAGCGCAGCCUCACUCUCCAUUAGCCCUCUUUUUUAGGUUAUCGCCUUUGUUGCUUGGUUGGCAUCUUCUCGGCGUCUCAAUGGCGAAAGAUCCCGUUCGAGUUCUUGUUACGGGAGCUGCAGGACAAAUUGGAUAUGCACUCGUGCCAAUGAUUGCUCGGGGUGUGAUGCUUGGCCCAGACCAACCUGUUAUCUUGCACAUGCUUGACAUUCCACCUGCUGCAGAAGCUCUAAAUGGAGUUAGGAUGGAGCUGGUUGAUGCAGCAUUUCCUCUUCUUAAGGGUGUCGUGGCCACAACUGAUGCUGUGGAGGCUUGCACUGGAGUCAACAUAGCUGUUAUGGUUGGUGGGUUCCCACGGAAGGAAGGAAUGGAAAGAAAGGAUGUGAUGUCAAAAAAUGUUUCCAUCUAUAAAUCUCAAGCUUCAGCCUUAGAGGCAUAUGCUGCUCCGAACUGCAAGGUGCUGGUUGUGGCAAAUCCAGCAAACACUAAUGCUCUUAUACUGAAAGAGUUUGCUCCUUCCAUCCCUGCAAAAAACAUCACUUGUUUGACAAGGCUAGAUCACAACAGGGCACUGGGUCAGAUUUCUGAGCGACUAAAUGUUCAAGUCAGUGAUGUGAAGAACGUCAUCAUCUGGGGAAAUCAUUCUUCUACUCAGUAUCCUGAUGUAAGUCAUGCAACUGUUAAAACACCAAGUGGAGAAAAGCCUGUUCGUCAGCUUGUUUCUGAUGAUGACUGGCUCAAGGGAGAAUUUAUUACAACUGUUCAACAGCGUGGUGCUGCAAUCAUUAAAGCACGAAAGCUUUCUAGUGCUUUAUCUGCUGCCAGUUCUGCUUGUGAUCACAUACGUGAUUGGGUUCUCGGGACCUCUGAGGGAACAUGGGUUUCCAUGGGUGUCUACUCUGAUGGUUCAUACAAUGUACCGGCUGGUCUGAUUUAUUCUUUUCCUGUCACAUGCAGUGCUGGCGAAUGGACAAUCGUCCAAGGACUUUCUAUUGAUGAAUUCUCAAGGAAGAAAUUGGAUGCAACGGCUGAGGAGUUGUCUGAGGAGAAGGCUCUUGCAUAUUCAUGCUUGUCUUAAAAUUUUCCUCACAUUUACUUGUGGGUUGACUCUGUUGCCGCCCAUGAAAAACGCUCUUGGAGGUUUUGAAUAAAUUUACUUUUGCUUUCAUGACAGUUGGCUGUUUUGACACAGUUUUUGCUGUAACAUUCAGCUUCGAAUAAUGUAGAUGUUGUAGACAAUGAUCGGCCUGUUGUUGUCCCAAGGCAAGAAUACAUGUUUUAUCUUA